AUGGUGAAAGCCUGGGGCUGGUACUCGUUUCUCUAUUUCAUCAUGUCCUCGUUCUUGGCCGGCUCCUUGCACCCAUGUGCGGGCCAUUUCAUUGCCGAGCACUACGUUUUAGACAAGAAUAAUGUCCCACGAACCAAGAAGGUUUCCGCAGAAACAAAUGUUCCUGGGAACCUUGUUCCAGCUGAAACUUAUUCGUACUAUGGAUCCUUGAACUUGUUGACUUGGAACGUUGGUUACCAUAACGAGCAUCAUGAUUUCCCGUACAUUGCAUGGACAAAGUUACCUGAACUUCGCCACCUUGCAGCAGAGUUUUAUGAUCCAUUGCCACAGGUAGACUCCUGGUGUGCUGUUUUGUGGAACUUCUGCUUUCACGAUGUUAACACGUUAUGGUGCCGUGUCAAGCGUAGUGGAACAGAACGCCAUGGUCUGAGAGUCAGUGGCUUAGACCGCAACCAGGGCGACGAAGAUAAGGAUAUGUAA